UGUGAAUCACCUAGGAUGUAGGCAUUCACUCCUUUGCAGACGUCAUGUUUCAAAGGGUUGGCGGCUGGGAACCGAUCUGCUAAAUGUUGAAUAGCAAACUAGGUGGUUUUCGAUGGUGUAUUAACCAUUCCCACACCCUCCGAGUGUGACGUGAUUUCCACCCCUUCUCCAUUCCACUUUCCUUCGCUCAUGUACUCUCCCUUCUUAUACUGACUCGAGGUCGAGGUAAUGCCAUCAUUUCGAUGUCGAUGCAAUCCUGGCUCUUCUGGCACGCGCAGAUCCGGGCUUCGAAGACGGCUUGAUGACCGAGCCGCGAGGGGUGAUCCUUGUGCUCCCAGAACCCGAUUUCGAUUUGUCGCCAAUUUUCUCAAAGGUCAUGCAUGCGAAUUCGAACAGCCUCUUGGGGUCGGGAUCUCGGAAGUUGUCGCGGUAUCCCCGGCUUUCCAUCUUCGAGAGCACAUUUUCAUCGAGGGAGGCGAGAAUCAUGAGCAUUGCCUUCAUGCGUCGAAUCCUGUACGCCCUCUUAAGUCCCUCGUCCGCUUCUGCCUGGGACGGCUUCUCUGUUCCGUCCAUGACGCCUUUGAUGUUGGUCGAGUUGAUCUCGGCUUGUAUGGCUCCCUUCCAUCGAGUACCAUCGUUCCUCCGCGGGCAAUUCGCUCAAAUACGAUUCGUACCGCUCCUCCACCUCGGAGUCCGACGCCAUUUUGUUCGGUUAGACCUGGUAAGCGGUUUCGCGGCAAGAGAUAAUGGCUCGCUGUUGGGUUGUGAGUUGAGGGAAAGAGAGGAAUCGAGGAAGUCGGUUGAUCUACGCGCAUCGUGUGCUUGUCAGUCGCUCUUACUCGAAGAAAGAGGAUAUCACGAUGCUGAAAACGGGUGCAAAAACGCACCAAAACACACCCAGAAGGGCGGGUAGAAUUUGUGUCCGAAAAGAUUCCGCAGCUUGAGUGGUUUCCGCCGGUCUGCUUUAGCCUGCAACCGCUCCAAAGUCGGGAAUUUGGACUGGGUGCUCAGCGGCAACAAAUGCAGUGGCCGGCCGUGGAUCAAAGGGCCACAUUGAAGUGAUGGCACCCGUGUGACAAGCUCC